AUGAUAGUACAAAAAAGACUCACUGGCACCUCGCUCAAAGUCGCUCUUAUCACGAAGGCCCGACAGAUGCCCGACAGACGCUCGGCGGAGAUCAAGGAGAUCGAGGAGCACAAAGCACGAUGCAUGACGGAAGCUGCAGACCCGCGCAGCCUGAUCACCGAGAACCAUAUCCUGACGGCACUGACGAAGGACCAAGGCCAAGAUGCUCGCCUUAUCUCCUGGAACCUCGAAGAUUUCACCAAGAGAGGCGACAACUACGCCUCCUUCGUCACGUCGGUCAAGGUCCACUUCUCUCUCUCGGGCUCCUUGAGGGAAGCGUCCUACGUCGCCAAAGCUAAUCCUCGAAGGAGAAUCAAGGCUCUGGAACCUAUGAUGAGAUCUCACUUCCGGCGCGAGGAGAUGUUUUACGCGACCUUGACUACGAUGCUGGACGAGCAGUUGCAGCGGCUGGGAGGAGGGAGGCUGCGGUGGGAACCUUGUAUACUCACCAUUACAUAUAAAACAAAAAUUGUGACCUCCUUCAUGUCUGGCAAAGCUGGUCAGCCUGUUCCGAGGGUCGAGUUAAGAGACCAGAGCGUCGAGAGUGACUCGCGCCUUGGAACUGCUCCUGCUGGAGGACCUCAGGACUCGCGCCUUCAGGAUGCACGACCGUCGCAAGGGCCUGGACACGCCCUCCUGGUGGUGCAAGAAAUCGCCCGGUUACACGCAGCCUCCCGCCUCCUGCAGAAGGCGCUGUCGCCAGAUCCUCUCGCCGCCAGAUACCCCCCCUUCAGUAGGCGAUGGAUGGAGGAGGCGCCCGAGAGGGAGGUCUUCUCCGCCCUCUUCGCCGGUCACCUGGAGGGCGCGGCCAUCCUGGCGGAGAAGGAAGGCGGGCGGUACGCGCGCGUGGCACCCUGGCUCCGGGAGGUCAAGGGAGGCAUCGUAGACCUCCUGGCGGGGGAGUUGGCACGGUAUUCCCCCGAGGUCGCCGUCCUCGCCCAUAACGACUGCUGGACCAAUAAUGUUCUCUUUAGGUACGACGCCCGCGGCCGGCCCUGCUCCGUGGCGCUCCUCGACUUCCAGAUGGCCACGAUGUCCUCGCCAGCCAUCGACAUCGUCUACUUCCUGUACACGAGCCUGGACGAGAAGGCCAGGAAGGACCACCAGCAGGACCUUCUCUCCGCCUACUACGGCACCUUCAGCGAGAUCCUCCGAAAGGGCGGAGCUCAGGUCCCCUUCUGCCUCGAGGAACUCCACCACGAAUGUCGUCGGAAGAUCGUCUUCGGGUGUUUAAUGGGCCUCAUCAUCCUGCCGGCGGCGCUGAGCGAGGCUGAGGACUGCAUCGCUGAUCCCGACGCCCUCACGGAAGCCACGAUGGACGACUACACGCGGCAGCAGAGGGAAAGCCUGAUGCGUUUGGACUCCGGCAGCGCCACCUUCAGGAGCCGCUUCCUCGCCAUUUUCGAAGACUUGUUAGAGACUGUUGUUCAGAAUGCUUCCUCAAAUCCCUAAGAGUAAAAGAAAUUAAGAAAUGAAACACUAUGUGCAAAAUAGAGCUUGGGAGAGAUGGAGACAACAGUUUCAAAGGCCAGUUGGACUAUAUGUUCUGUUCUGAUCCUCCAAAACUGCUGUCUCAUCUCUUAGUAAAGCGAUCUGUGCAUAGUGGAGAUUUCUAAAUUUCAUCAACAUGGUAAA